AUGGGGGCAAAAUCCAUACCGAGCAGUAAUUCGAACGUUCCUAAACCUCUCUCAAGCACAUCAGAUGCACCAAAGACAGCAGCCAAUACACCAAAUGCUAUCAAGUUUUUGAUCGGUGGUGUAGCUGGAAUGACUACAACGCUCUUUGUUCAUCCAAUGGACGUUGUUAAAAAUCGGAUGCAAAUGAGCGGUGUUGGUGGUGGUGCUAAAGAAUACAGAACGAGUUUUCAUGCAUUAACACAAAUAUUUGGUAAAGAAGGUUUUCGUGGUAUUUACUCCGGUCUUUCGGCUGGUCUUCUCCGGCAAGCAACAUACACUACGGCACGUUUGGGAAUCUACCAAACGCUAUUAGAACGUUUUCGACAACCAGAUGGUCGCCCACCUACGUUUGUCGUUAAUCUUCUGUUGGGCGUGGCCAGUGGUGGCCUAGGUUCAUUCAUCGGUACUCCAGCUGAAGUAGCACUAAUCCGUAUGACACUUGAUGGACGAUUACCUGCUGCUGAACGACGAAAUUAUGCACAUGUCUUCGAUGCUCUUGUGCGUAUUAUACGUGAAGAAGGUCUCUUGAAAUUAUGGCGUGGUGCUAUUCCAACGGCAACACGAGCUAUGAUUGUCAAUGCUGCUCAAAUGCCAACUUACUCUCAAGCUAAACAAGCGCUUAUAUCAUCUGGUCUUAUGCAACAAGGCUUUCCUUUACACGCUGUUUCAUCAUUGAUUGCGGCAUUAGUAACUACAGCUGUUUCAUUACCUGUUGAUAUUGUAAAAACUCGAUAUCAAAAUAUGAAAGUUAUACAAGGAAAACCCGAAUACAGUAGUAUAUUGAAUGUCUUUCAAAGAAUUCUUCGCCAAGAAGGAAUAUUUAGUUUCUGGAAAGGUUUUACACCAUACUUUUCCCGUCUUGGACCUCAUACUAUUCUUACCUUCAUAUUUAUUGAGCAACUUAACAUUCAAUAUCAACGGCGUGUACUGAAAAAUGAAGUUUAUUCAUCAACAUUAUGA